AUGCGGAAGAAGAAUGACGGCGCUUUGAGGCAGAGCAUCCGGGAGCUAGGAGAACGCAGGCUGCCCUCGAAGAGGCCGAACAACAGCGCCGCGAGAGAGCGCAAGCCGAGGACGCAGCAUGUGCCGCCCGUAAGGCUGCAGAAGCAUGGGCUUGCGAAGAAAGACAGCGUGCCGAACGACUGGCACGAAUGGCUGAGGAAGAGUGGUGCAGACAACGAUAUAGGGACGGCUUUGCCUCUAGCAAUGGACGCACCCUGCAUCAAGCACUUCAGCGGUUCUGACUCCCUCCCUUCAGUACUCAACGUUUAUAGACAGUCAGGAGUAUCGAAGACUCGGAGCUCACAUGAGUGGGCGGGAAAUAUCGAUCAUGCACAAGGGUGGCGGCAGGCGCAAGGUGUGGGAGGUGAUAUAUCUGAUAGACUAGAACAACAACUCAAGAAGACAAAAUUUGAGUAUUCGAUACGACAAGACCGUGCUAUAUCAUCACACCGCCGGAUCGCGAGUUAUUUCACCACCAUUGAGCAGCGUUUAAUCUCCAUCCAGAGCCAGCCGCCAAAGCCAUUUGCCGGACGUUCUCAAUCAUUUAGUGACUCACCGUUGCUAAGAGCUGUUAAGACGGGCAACGUUGCAGCCUCAACGAGCUUGGGAACGGGAGCAACCAUCGGACCAGUCCAGGCUGACACGCGCAAGCAUCGCCGAAGAUCACAGUCAACCUUAUACUCGGAGGUCCGAAAUAUCUAUCGGUGCAACACCAGGGACUGUAAUACGAGUGACACAGCCUGCCUGCGAGUGGAAUAA